GGCUUCUUUUGUAUAAAAAAAGUCCAGAUCAUCCUCGGGAUAUCCUUGGGUCAACACAAGUGAUGAUCUUAAUGGUCUCGAGAGAACUGUAAUCCUUGUUCUUCAUGUUCGUCAAAGCAGAUUUUUGUCCAAAAAGUCAGAAACUGCAAGAUUAACCAGACAGAUUGUUAAUGGCACAACACUCACGCGUCCCAAAAUUUGGCAACUGGGAAAGUGGCGAUAUAGCAUACACAGCCUACUUCGAAAAUGUAAGAAAAGAGAGAACUGGGGUACUGAGAAUGAACCCAAAUGAUCCAGAGGAGAAUCCAGAGGCAUUCGUGAAUGCAGAUUACAGUAUAGUUCAGGCUCCUCUACAUGUCAACUCCAGAAAGUCGAUUAUUUCUCCUGUAGAGAACAAUCAUGUUGUGGCCGGAAAAGUAAGGCAUCGUGGGAACCAUAGGAGCCACCUUACAUCAGAAUCUGGCAGCGAUAGAAGCAACUCUGAUUCUUCACUUAUGCAGCAUAGCCACCGACGUGACAAAUCUGACAAGAAAAAGAGUUCUCUGGCAGAGGGAAUUAGUAACUCAUCAUCCGGCCAUAGCAGACACCCCACUCGGAGCGAUCCCCCUCAUCAUAGAGAAGCAUCCGUACCCAAGUUUGGGGCUUGGGAUGAAGCAGACCCUUCAUCAGGAGAUGGAUUCACAGUCAUAUUCAACAAAGUAAAGGAGGAAAAACAAAUUGCAUCUUCCCAUUACCCAGUUAAUGUGCCACAACAACCGAGCUAUCAUUCCAAUACUCAAAGACGGGGGCGUUCUUCCUCUAGAUCAAAGAUAUCUUGCUGUCUGUUUUCAUGCGGAAGAGAGUGAUUUACAAUUUCACAUGGCUUUACUUUUGCUUUUCACUUGCUCCUCUAAAAGGUGACCAGAAAAUGAUUGUUGGCUUUGCUAUUAUCCUCAAAGUUUUUACUGAGGGUUACACUAUUAAACACUGUUUUUUUUAUGAGUCUAUAUUAAACUUGAUACUGCAGAUCAGUUAAUUUCUUAUUAAUGUUUCUGGGAAUUUCCUGAUCUUUAUG